AUGCUGGCCCGACGGUGUGUGGCGUGCAAAAGGGAGAUAAAUUAUUCAUCUGCCUCGAUUGAAGGCUCAGCCGCCGCCGUGGACAUGGUUCGUCGGCGAUUUCGUGCACAUGCAUCAGCUGUAAAUAUUUCAGACAAAUCCACAAGAAGGCAAGCCUACAUGCAAAUUGGACCACCUGUCACGGCGGGAUGCCGGUGA